GACCCUCAAGUUUCAACCAGAAAAGAAAAUGAAAGAAAAACAAACUCGCACCAAAAUUGACUUCUCAAAAUCUUUGGAGUCCUCUUCCACGGGGACGAGAGAGAGAGAAUCGAUGAAGGGGAAAAGAUUUCUGUCGAUCCCUGUUUUCUCUGUGUUUCUGCUGCUGGGUUUUAUUUACUACGUCGCAGUCUUCGUCUUCAUAGAGAAUUGGGUGGGGUUGCAGAGCUCGGCUGGUUCAUUGAACGCUCUGAUCUUCACCUUCUUGGCCUCUCUCUGUGUCUUCUCUUUCCUCGUCUGCGUCCUCACCGACCCAGGUGGGGUCCCACCUGCUUACGUGCCUGACUUUGAAGCUAGCGAGGCUUCGGAUCAAGCGCUCAUGAAAAGUGGCACACAACUAAGGCAAUGUGCCAAGUGUUCUGCUUACAAGCCUCCCAGGGCUCAUCAUUGCCGGUCUUGUAGAAGGUGUAUCUUGAGGAUGGAUCAUCACUGUAUGUGGAUAAAUAAUUGUGUUGGUCAUAGGAACUACAAGGCCUUUGUCGUCCUUGUGUUUUAUGCAGCUAUGUCCAGCCUUUAUUCUGCAGUUGUAACUAUAUGCUGCACAAUUGAGAAGGACUGGAAUUACAGUGGAAGUGGCCCCCUCAAGUUGUUUUAUAUUGUAUGCGGCGUAAUGACUGUUGGCUUAUUCUUGACACUGGGAACCCUCCUGGGCUGGCAUAUCUUCCUCAUCAGUCAUAACAUGACGACCAUAGAGCGUUAUGACGUAAUAAGAGCAGCAUGGUUGGCUAGGAAAUCUGGACAAAGCUAUCGCCAUCCUUUCGAUGUUGGUGUCUACAAAAACAUUACCCUGAUAUUAGGACCAAACAUGCUGAAAUGGUUAUGCCCCACUGCAGUAAGCCACAUAAAAGAUGGGAUUAACUUCCCUACUCCACGUGAUAACUCGUGACAUUCUCUGCCUCUACCGAUAUCUUGUUUUUCCGCUUCUCUUCCUUCAUUACCAAUGUUGUGGUAACUGAUAAAUACUAAUUUCAUCUCUCAGCUCUUGAGUUCAAGGGUAUAUGAUCUAGACCUAGGGCAUUAUUCCUGUCAGCAGCAACAGUUUUACCCGGAAAACCUGAGGCCAUGUUCUCAGCCUCUAUUCGUUACAUCAUACUUGAGAAAACACAUGCACAGCAGGUCCCAUUACCGGAGCCAGAUAAUUCCCCCCUUUCUGUUAUGAGCCUCGAGUCAUUUCUUUGUUUCUUUCAUUUCAUUUUCCUUUGCCCUUCUAUUAUAAGCCUCAAAUGGCAAAAUAUGUAGAUAGUUUUGUACAUAACGUACUCAUUUUUAGGUCGAACUUCGACUUUUUAUGUCAUGGAGGGCAUUCUUUCUGUAUACAUGUUUAUACGUCGUACUCCUUUUGCUAACUUUGCUCAUGUUAAACAGUUAUCAGACUAUCAGUCAUUGUUUUUGAAAUGAA